AUGCACGACUUCUCGACCCCAUCAUCUCGCGGGCAAGCCCUGGUGACCCGCAACCCAGCGGCCAACAACAAAUUCGUGUACUGCGUUCGUACCACACGCAUCUACUGCCGUCCGGUUUGCAAAGCCAGACUUGCUCGCAGAGCCAAUGUAGAGUUCUUUGCCACUCCGCUCGAGGCCGAGAAUGCCGGCUACAGAGCCUGCAAGCGAUGUCGACCCGAACUACCAACUCAUUCACCAGAAAACGACAAAAUCGAUGCAGUCUGUCAAAGACUGCUGAACCUGAAACCCGGAAAGCCCUUGCCGAAGCUGGAAGAUAUGGCUACGCUCGCUGGGCUGACCAAGUUCCAUUUCCAUCGUAGUUUCAAGCGGGUGACGGGGCUCACGCCCAAAGCGUACCUA